AUCCCCACCUCUCGUUCCUUCCCUCCAAUUAAGAACAAAAAAUACCGAGCACCUUCUCUUCCUCCUUACUAUUUUCGUACUCCAAUCCCUCUGCAUCUUCUCCAAUCAACAUGUGUCAAUCCCUUAAUAAAGCAAAAAUAAGCUUCUUCUCCUUCAUUCCUACAAACCUCAGCCAAACGAAACUAACUAUAACGGUUAGCCGCCAACAUCCUCGCGGUCCUUUCUCCUUUACGGGAAGUUUGCCCUCCUUUUUCUACGUCCUCCUUUCUUCACGACCUUUCGUUCUUCUCAUAUCCACCGCUCUGUCCUCCAUUUAUAGAAUAAGCUCAGUUCUUGCCGAUCGUGUUUUCUGUGGAAGAAAAUUUCAACUCAUCUGCAUGCUCAAUUCUGAGUUCUGAGAAAGGAGGCAGGUGAUGGUUCAGUUUCUCAAGCGCGGGCACAGCCUUCGCAAGCAGGAGCGAGGCGACGUGAUGACUAAUUCACCAACGGGUCGGCCGUCUGGUGGCACCCCAAAGUCCCGUCUGAGCAGGGAAAACGGCUGCCGAGAUGGACCACCUUCAGAUAUGGAUUUAAUGAAGGAGAAGUUUGCGAAGCUGCUUUUGGGGGAAGACAUGUCAGGUGGGGGUAAAGGAGUUUCUUCUGCCCUUGCUCUAUCCAAUGCCAUCACCAAUCUUGCUGCUUCUGUGUUCAGUGAGCAACGACGUCUCGAACCCAUGCCUGCUGAAACAAAAGCAAGGUGGACAAAAGAAAUUGACUGGCUUUUAUCUGUCACUGAUCAUAUUGUAGAAUUGGUUUCUUCUCGAUCAACAGAUGGAUCAAACAUGGAGAUUAUGAUAACUCAGCAGAGACAAGAUCUUCAAGCAAAUAUCCCUGCACUGCGAAAGCUUGAUGCUAUGCUCCUAAGCUAUCUUGAUGACUUCAAGGAUCAGAAGGAGUUUUGGUAUGUUUCAAAAGGUACUGAUGAGUCUGAGAAGGGAAGCACAGAGAGAAAUGAGGGCAAAUGGUGGCUUCCUGCUGUGAAAGUGCCCCUAAAUGGACUUUCUGAAGUGUCAAGGAAAUGGCUGCAAUAUCAGAAAGAAUCCGUUAACCAAGUUCUAAAGGCAGCUAUGGCUAUAAAUGCUCAAGUUCUAACAGAAAUGGAGGUCCCUGAGGCCUACAUUGAGUCCCUGCCAAAGAAUGGGAGGGCAAUCCUUGGGGAUGCAAUUUACAAGAGCAUCACCGAUGAUGUCUUCGACCCCGAACAAUUCCUUGAAUCUGUGGACUUAUCGACAGAACAUAAGAUCGUCGAUCUGAAAAAUCAAAUUGAGGCAUCAGUCAUCAUUUGGAUGAGAAAGAUGCACAAUAAGGAUAGCAAGUCAUCCUGGGGCUCAGCAGUGAGCAUGGGGAAGAGGGAGCAGUUUGAGGACAGAGCUGAGACCAUCUUACAACUUAUCAAGCAGAGAUUCUCUGGAGUUCCUCAGUCAUCUCUUGAUACCUGCAAGAUCCAACACAGCAGUGAUGUGGGACAGUCUAUUCUAGAGAGCUACUCAAGGGUCUUAGAAAGCUUGGCCUUCAAUGUGAUGUCUCAAAUUGAUGAUGUCCUUUAUGCUGACUCUCUAAUUCAAGACCCACCCAAUAACUCUACCAGAAGAAGAUCACUGACUGACUCAGAGGUUGGGCCAGUGAAGAGACUGGACCCAAAAAAAGAGAUGGAGAAGUUGAAUGAAGCACCAAACUCAAUGACUCUAUCAGACUUCAUGGGUUGGAAUUUUAAUCCAGACUCUGAGAUGGAAAAUAACAACCUGAUGAGCACAGAAGAAAUUCCCCAUAAGAAUGAUGUGAAGAUGAAGAAGCCUCCUAAUAUUGUGACUAACAAGAAGCUCUCGUACUUAGAGAAGCUUGAGAAUUUAAAAGCUUUGAGAAGCCCUACAUCUCGGCAUUAAGAUUUGUAGGAGGUUAGGGACGAAACAGACAGAUAGAGAGGGAGGCAAAUCAAAAACUCUUUUUUCUCUUAGAUGAGGUAGAACAGCUCUCAUUGUUUGUGCCAACUGCAUAAAACUUGAAGAGGGAUUUCUUGUAACUGAUAAAAAUUGUAGUAUUUGAUGCAGAUUUGUGGUGUCUAAUCACUGAUCAAAGACAAAUCUAAUGUUUAACAAAGAAAGAUAUUGGGAAUGA